UCCGCAUCCUCUUCCGGGUCAGAGGUCGCCCGCGUCCCCGCCAAGAUGGCGAGCGGUGGCGGCGGUGGGGGGGUGUCGGUGCCUGCACUCUGGAGCGAAGUGAACCGUUACGGCCAGAACGGCGACUUUACGCGCGCUCUCAAAACCGUCAAUAAGAUACUGCAGAUCCACAAGGAUGAUGUCACUGCCCUACACUGUAAAGUGGUGUGCCUUAUCCAGAAUGGGAGUUUCAAGGAAGCCUUGAAUGUCAUCAAUACUCACACCAAAGUAUUAGCCAAUAACUCUCUUUCCUUUGAGAAGGCCUACUGUGAGUACAGGCUGAACAGAAUUGAGAAUGCCUUGAAGACAAUAGAAAGUGCCAACCAGCAAACAGACACUAAAGAGCUUUAUGGACAAGUGUUAUACCGGUUAGAACGCUAUGAUGAAUGUCUGGCUGUGUAUAGAGAUCUUGUCCGAAACUCCCAGGAUGAUUAUGAUGAGGAGAGAAAAACAAAUCUUUCAGCAGUUGUUGCAGCUCAAAGCAACUGGGAAAAAGUGGUUCCAGAGAACUUGGGUCUCCAAGAAGGCACACACGAACUGUGCUACAACACUGCAUGUGCACUGAUAGGACAAGGCCAGCUCAACCAGGCAAUGAAAAUCCUGCAAAAGGCUGAAGAUCUUUGCCGCCGUUCAUUUUCAGAAGACUCUGAUGGUGCUGAGGAGGACCCACAAGCAGAACUAGCCAUCAUUCAUGGGCAGAUGGCCUAUAUCCUGCAGCUUCAGGGUCGUACAGAGGAGGCACUGCAGCUUUACAAUCAGAUAAUCAAACUAAAACCAACGGAUGUGGCAUUGCUAGCUGUGAUUGCAAAUAACAUCAUUACCAUUAAUAAGGACCAAAAUGUCUUUGACUCCAAGAAGAAGGUGAAAUUAACCAAUGCAGAAGGAGUAGAGUUUAAGCUUUCCAAGAAACAGCUGCAAGCUAUAGAAUUUAACAAAGCUCUACUUGCUAUGUACACAAACCAGGCAGAACAAUGCAGAAAAAUAUCUACCAGUUUACAGUCCCAGAGUCCUCAGCAUCUUCUUCCUGUGUUAAUCCAAGCUGCCCAGCUCUGCCGUGAAAAGCAGCACACAAAAGCAAUAGAACUUCUUCAGGAAUUUUCAGAUCAGCAUCCAGAAAAUGCUGCUGAAAUUAAGCUGACCAUGGCACAGCUGAAAAUUUCCCAAGCAUGUCUAAUAUUGAGAAGCAUAGAAGAGUUAAAGCAUAAACCAGGCAUGGUGUCUGCAUUAGUGACCAUGUAUAGCCAUGAGGAAGACAUUGACAGUGCCAUCGAGGUCUUCACACAAGCUAUCCAGUGGUAUCAAAGCCAUCAGCCCAAGUCUCCUGCUCAUUUGUCCUUGAUAAGAGAAGCUGCAAACUUCAAACUCAAAUAUGGGCGGAAGAAGGAGGCAGUUAGUGACCUAGAACAGCUGUGGAAACAAAAUCCAAAAGAUAUUCACACCCUGGCACAGCUUAUUUCUGCUUACUCCCUCGUAGAUCCUGAGAAAGCAAAAGCUCUUAGUAAACACUUGCCCUCCUCGGAUAGCAUGUCUCUGAAAGUGGAUGUUGAUGCUCUUGAAAAUUCUCCUGGUGCUACGUAUGUUCGGAAGAAAGGCGGAAAAGUUGCUGGAGAUAAUCAACCAAAGGAACACGGACAGGGAGAUUUGAAAAAAAAGAAGAAAAAAAAGAAGGGGAAACUGCCUAAGAAUUAUGACCCAAAAGUGACCCCAGAUCCAGAAAGAUGGCUCCCAAUGCGUGAACGCUCUUACUACCGGGGACGAAAGAAGGGUAAAAAGAAGGAUCAGAUUGGCAAAGGGACCCAGGGAGCAUCUGCAGGAGCAUCAUCUGAACUGGAUGCCAGUAAAACUGUGAGCAGCCCCCCCACCUCCCCAAGACCUGGCAGUGCAGCAGCAGCAUCCACAUCUACAAGUAACAUCAUACCCCCAAGACACCAGAAACCAGCAGGGGCUCCAGCAACAAAGAAGAAACAGCCACAGAAAAAGAAGAGAGGUGGGAGAGGCGGCUGGUGAGGAGCGCAGCCUUGUGGCAGACGGCUUUCAGACUGUCCUCAGUGACACUAGGAGCACGAUAAAGGCGACACAGCAAGAAGUACAGAGCUGCUCCCUCUCCCAUCCCCACAUUUUUGCGUGAUUGUUUCCUUGUGCAUCAAACAGGGAAGCCUAUUCCUUAGACUCGGCCAGGCCAGACCUGGCGCUCAUAAUGCCUGCUCGUGCAGAUGAGGACGCUGGACAGCUGCCCCCUUGCUGCUGUCUCCUUUCUUUCUAGUGGCCUGGUGUUUCUUUCAGUUUCACAAAUAAGGCAUGUGAUUCAGGGUUUCCUAGGAUAUAAACAGAAACUACUUCUGUUUGAACUAGAGUCCGAAGAUACUUGUUCUGUCAAAUCUUGCUUUAAGUUAUGUCUUAGGAGGCUGUAGGAGCCUGCAAGUGGAGUCUUCUGAGCAUUCCAAAUACCUGCCUAGAAGCAGCAUGGGAGGAAAAGGGCCCUUAGGGUACCCAGUGUUUGCACUUCAUCACAUGAGGGGCCACAGGAAAUAAUCAUAAAGUCUCCAUUAUUCUGACUGUAAAUCUGUCAUGUGAUCCUGGAAUGUGGGGUGCUAAUAUAUAUAGAAUAUAUAUAGGAAUGGAAACUGUGUAUAUACACAUAUACACACACAUAUAUAAAUUAGAACUUCUGGAGUUCCCUUUGUGGCUCAGCGGUAACAAACCCAACUAGUGGCCAUGAGGUUAUGAGUUUGAUCCCUGGCCUCACUCAAUGAGUUAGGGAUCCAGUGUUGCUGUGAGCUGUGGUGUAGGUCGUGGAUGCACCUCAGAUCCUGUGUUACUGUGGCUGUGGUGUAGGCCGGCAGCUAUAGAAGAACUUCUUUGUGCCCCCAUGUCAUUUUCAAAUUAUUAUGUUGAUUUAUUAACAAUCUCAAAGGAAAUGUAUCAGUGUUGCAAGAAGUUGUCUCUUAGACCCAGUGUUCUGAGGUCAGAUGGAUUUGGAUUUUGUCACUCAGAAAGCUUUCAGUGGCCCCUACCACAAACAUGAAUGUUGACUUCCUACAUAAGAGGGAAUCGGCCUCAGAGUACAGGAUUAAAACUGAGCCCAACUGUUUGGCCCAGUUAAUAGGUCUCAAAUGACUCCUCUUUCUCAUGGGGCUGUGACCACCACUCACUGCCCUUCUCAGAGUCAUGCAGUCUUUUAGUCAGGCUGUGGUCUCCGGGUCUCUGGUCUUGCCUUGCUUACAAGUCGCUUUCCCAUUGAACAGGCAUGAGGCAGACGCCCUGGACGCCCACUCUUGUUCGUAUUCAUUUUAUGCUGCCCAGGCUGGUGCUCGGUGUCAGCUUAGGACUGUUUCCUUGUGUUCAUACUGCUCUGUCUGUCCUUGUUAAUAAAGUGCUGCUGUGUUUGAACAUAUCUACUGAAAAAUUCUUCAGAGAGUUUUUUAAAAGGCUUUCCUCCUUUACCCAAGGAAGAAGUGUGGCGCUGCCUGUUUAGCGUGAUCAGAAUGUGGUGGCAUAGAGAACAAGAGACCUUGGCAUUAUGAAUGACUUACUGUGUCAUUUUACUUUCUGGGCUCUCAGAAUAGUCUUUUCGUAAGAGUGACAGAUUCCUUUUCAUGAGUAUAUACCCCAUUACAAAAAUAAUUGUUAAUUUAUGACUUGGAUUCCAUUAAAUUUCUGUGGUGAAGAA